AUGAAGCUCCCCUUUCCCAGUGAUCCUUUCAGACUGCAGUUAGGAGGAUCCCAAGCCCCAACUGGGCUCAGGUCAUUUACCCCAAAGCCUCCCCGUAAACCGAGGCUGGAGCGGACGUCGUCUCUGGAUGAGCUGAUCUGGCAGCGGCGGAGGAGGCCUUUCAGAAUGAAUCAGGAGAAUUCGCUUGACUCAACUGAGGGGGGGUCCUCCGAUGGGUCUUUCCAGGAAGACAGCCCCACCAAGCAGGAUGUCGUCUCCAGUGGCCACCACCACCCUCGACAGCCUCGGCACAACUUGCACCCGGGCUCCAACGGUCCCCCCAUCAGCCAAAGCAGACCCAGCCUUUCAGCUUCGCCCAGGAACUUGUCCCAGGUCUUGGCCUCCCGGCCUCCCCCUCCUCUGGAACUUGAAGGCUCCUUCCCUUCCCUGAGGACGAGUAAUAGGAUUGACCCAGAUUGUGCGGAGUACACGUUCGGCUCCCCGCGGGUGUUUCCAAGAGCGAGCAGCAGCUGGAGCGACACGCAGCUUCAGAGCCGUGGGAUGGCCUGCGAACACUGCUUGACUGCCUCCGCGAAAUCGACGUUCAGCCUGCUGGCCCCCAUCCGUGUCACCGAUGUGCGAAACAGAAGCUACUUGGAAGGCAGCCUUCUUGCUCGUGGUGCCCUCCUGGGAGCAGAAGAGCUGAACCGGUAUUUUCCUGAUCGCAGCAUUGGCAUCUUUGUAGCCACCUGGAACAUGCAGGGCCAGAAGGAACUUCCCGAGAUGCUGGACGACUUCCUGUUGCCCUCUGAGCCUGAUUACGCCCAGGACAUGUAUGUGAUAGGGAUCCAAGAAGGCUGUCCAGAUAGGCGAGAGUGGGAGAUUCGCCUGCAGGCCACGCUGGGCCCUCAGUACGUCAUGUCUUACGCAGCUGCUCACGGUGUCCUUUACCUGUCCUUCUUCUUGCGAAGGGAUCUCAUCUGGUUUUGCUCAGAGGUGGAAUGUGCCACGGUGACAACCCGUAUCGUGUCCCAGUUCAAAACCAAGGGUGCGCUAGGAAUUUGCUUCACUUUCUUUGGCACGUCCUUCCUUUUCAUCACUUCCCACUUCACCUCUGGAGAUGGCAAAGUCAACGAGAGGAUUCUGGAUUACAGCAAAACCAUCCAGGCUCUCUCGCUGCCCAGAAAUAUUCCAGACACCAACCCAUAUCGAUCCAGUCCCUCAGACGUCACCACCCGCUUCGACAACGUCUUCUGGUUCGGAGACUUCAACUUCCGCCUGAACGAGGACCGGGAGGUGGUAGAGCAGCUCCUCAGCCCUGGCCAGGAACUGGACCUGCCGGGACUGCUGCAGCACGAUCAGCUGCUGGAGGAAAUGCAGAGGGGUUCUAUAUUUAAGGGGUUCCAAGAGGCCCCCAUCUUCUUCCGUCCUUCCUACAAGUUUGAUGUUGGACAGGACACCUACGACACAACCUCCAAGCAGAGGACGCCUUCCUACACGGACCGGGUCAUCUACCGAAGCCGCCACCAGCAUGAAAUCCAUGCUGUGAAGUACUCGGCCUGCUUUGGGAUCAGAACGUCCGAUCACCGCCCUGUGUACGGGUUGUUCCGUGUCAAAGUGAGGCCCGGAAGGGACAACAUCCCGCUGGCUGCAGGCCUAUUUGAUCGAGAACUUUAUUUGAUUGGCAUAAAGAGACGGAUCACAAGGCAACCUCAGAAAAAACAAGCUCUAAAAAACCAGAAAUCCAGCACGAUCUGUUCCGUUUCCUGACCAAAGGCACCCAAGACCUACGAGGCAAGCGGAAGGACGGGCGGACGAGGCCUCCUUCGGCUCCUUCCGUGAAACCCGGCUGGAAGGGCUCCAGCAGAGCCACAAAUGCGAAGGGCUCUUUUGAGGCUGGAAAUGGCCGGGCAGCCAAUGGAUUGGAUCAGGAUUUUAAUCCAGCGGGUAGCUUCUUCCCGCUCAAGAAGCUGUUCUUCCCGUGUCCUGUUGCUUGAGGAGGAUCCUGGAAUAAACCUGCAGGGUGUUGGCAUUUUGUGUGUUACACCAACCACAAACAUUUCUUAGUUUGGGAAGAUAUUUCUGAGGAUCAUCUUGGGGAAUAAAGGAACACGUUCUAAGCCUUUAGCUAGGAAGUGAAUUACGCACCGAGCCUAGUUUGGUCCCCCAAAACCAACAUUUUUCCUAAGAAUUCUCGAAAAGUCCCUGGAAUGCCAGCGGGGCAAGGGAAGACUCAGAAAGCACCAGCCUAAGGAGGUGAUAGGGUGUGUUUCUUACCUUCAGGGAAGACAAACCACCUUCUACCAGCUACAUUUUUUUAAAAAAUCCAUUAACUGAGAGAAGGUGGAAACCCGUUUCACUCCAUGAAGGGCCUUGAGUGGCGGCAAAAACCAGUAUUUGCAACAGCAAAGGCCCAUUUUAGCUGCUGCCAAUGGUUGAUAGGUAGCUAUGCUUUCCCCUUCUCAGGUUUAGUCAUCAUUUUCCUGGAUUGUGCUUGGGUUCAGAAUUCCUUGAAAUAAAAGGAUGAUG